CCGGCCCGGCCCCUCGCCCGCGGUGCCCUCGCGCCUCUGCGCCCUGGAAAGGCGGGGACAAGGGGGAUUAACCCGAAGAGAGAAAGAAGGGGGUCGGGAGAAGGGAGCUAGUGGCUCCCCUGCCAUUCGCCCCCUAAAUCCACCGCGCAGCACAACGCUCGGGAACGACUUUGACCCGUCCUGCGCCCCUCUUUUGCCAAACCCUAAAAUGAAAGGACAAAAGUUGGCGCUGCCUCUUGCAACUCGGAGAGCGACUUGUGCGUUUCCAGCGGCAUCUCCCGGAGAAAAAGCCGUGCACGCCUGAUUGUUCUGUGGCCCCACAGCUAGUGUGCGUGCGUGCGCGCGUGUGUGUGUGUGUUUGGGUGUGUGUAUGUGUGUGUGUGUUUGGGUGUUGCCUGUGUGUGUACACAGACGUCCACACACUCACUCGCGGCCACAGGACCAGCGCCUGGAAGCAGACGUUUCAGCCACAGACUUGGAGAGGAGGAGCUGGAGACCGGGAGGCGUGAGCCGCCGGAGUUUGCAGAAUCCGUGGUGUGAAUGAACUGGGGGCACCUGGGCGCAAGGAUCGCCCCCCCCCCCCGCUCCCUGCCCCGGGCCAGAGUUGAGUAGUGGGGCAUUUUUUUCACCCUCUUGUGAAGAAUUUUUUUUUAUUAUUUGUUGUAAAGUCUUUUGCACAAUCACGCCCACAUUUGGGGUUGGAAAGCCCUAAUUACCGCCGUCGCUGAUGGACGUUGGAGAGGGAGCGCCUCGCCGCGGAACAGUCGCCUGCGCGCUCUCGCCGGACCCGCGGCUCCCUCCUAGCGCCCCGGCCCGACCCUGUCGCUGCCGCGGGCGGGCUGGCUUCUGCGCCUCCUGGAGUCCCCGGAGCAUCCUAGUGUGGCCCUGGUGCCCGGAUUCGGGAGCCAGUGACCACUUUAGCUUGCAUUCCCUGCGUCUGCCCAACGCGCCCCGGAGGAGCCCUCAACUCAGCGCCGAAUCGCCCCCCCAGCCUUAACCUGGUCGCUCCGCUCGGAUUCCUCGGCUGCCCUCAGUCGGGUGGCGACUUCCUCCCGCGCCCCCUCCCCCUCGCCAUGAAGAAGUCGAUUGGAAUAUUAAGCCCAGGAGUUGCUUUGGGGACGGCUAGAAGUGCAAUGUCUUCCAAGUUCUUCCUGAUGGCUUUUGCCAUAUUUUUUUCCUUCGCCCAGGUUGUAAUAGAAGCCAAUUCUUGGUGGUCGCUAGGUAUGAAUAACCCUGUUCAGAUGUCAGAAGUAUAUAUCAUAGGAGCUCAGCCUCUCUGCAGCCAACUGGCAGGACUUUCUCAAGGACAGAAGAAACUCUGCCACUUGUAUCAGGACCACAUGCAGUACAUCGGGGAAGGUGCGAAGACAGGCAUCAAAGAAUGCCAGUAUCAAUUCCGCCAUCGAAGAUGGAACUGCAGCACCGUGGAUAACACCUCCGUUUUUGGCAGGGUUAUGCAGAUAGGCAGCCGAGAGACGGCCUUCACGUACGCGGUGAGCGCGGCCGGGGUGGUGAACGCCAUGAGCCGGGCCUGCCGCGAGGGUGAGCUGUCCACUUGUGGCUGCAGCCGCGCCGCGCGCCCCAAGGACCUGCCGCGGGACUGGCUCUGGGGCGGCUGCGGCGACAACAUCGACUAUGGCUACCGCUUCGCCAAGGAGUUCGUGGAUGCUCGCGAGCGGGAGCGCAUCCACGCCAAGGGCUCCUAUGAGAGCGCGCGCAUCCUCAUGAACCUGCACAACAACGAGGCCGGCCGCAGGACGGUGUACAACCUGGCCGACGUGGCCUGCAAGUGCCACGGGGUGUCUGGCUCCUGUAGCCUCAAGACGUGCUGGCUGCAGCUGGCUGACUUUCGCAAGGUGGGGGACGCCCUGAAGGAGAAGUAUGACAGCGCUGCCGCCAUGCGGCUCAACAGCCGGGGCAAGCUGGUGCAGGUUAACAGCCGCUUCAACUCGCCCACCACACAGGACCUGGUCUACAUCGACCCCAGCCCUGACUACUGUGUGCGCAAUGAGAGCACGGGCUCGCUGGGCACGCAGGGCCGCCUGUGCAACAAGACGUCCGAGGGCAUGGAUGGCUGCGAGCUCAUGUGCUGCGGCCGUGGCUACGACCAGUUCAAGACCGUUCAGACGGAGCGCUGCCACUGCAAAUUCCACUGGUGCUGCUAUGUCAAGUGCAAGAAGUGCACAGAGAUCGUGGACCAGUUCGUGUGCAAAUAGUGGGCGCCCUGCCGCCUGCCUGUCCCCCAGCCCAACUCCCAGGACCCACUUAUUUAUAGAAAGUACAGUGCUUCUGUUUUUUUUUUUUUUUAAUAUUGUUUUAUUUUCUCCCAAGAAUUGCAACCGGAACCUUUAAUUUUUUUUUCUGUUCCCAUCUAAGAACGCUGUGGUUUAUUAUUAAUAUUAUAAUUAUUAUUUGGCAAUAAUGGGGGGUGGGAACCAAGAAAAAUAUUUAUUUUGUGGAUCUUUGAAAAGGUAAGGCAAGACUUCUUCUGAUGGUGUAGGAUGAGGGGAGCCUGACCCAUACCCUAACUUAGCUGUGUGCACAUCCAGAAGGUAAAGGAGAUUUGUUUUCUUUUUCUGAACUAUGGCGUCACGUGGUACAGGGAGCAUCCAGCUGCAAGAGGGGGUUCAGAUCUAUGUAGUUCAACUUCUGUGACCGAAAUGAAUCUUAAACAUUCUGGUGAAAGUUGAAGGGUCUUGAGAGACAAAAGAGAAAACAGGACCCCCCCCCCAACCCCCACUCCUUUUCCCAGGGGCUGCCAACCUGAAAUAUCAGAAUAAUCAUUUAAAAAUGUAAGGGUGGGAACCUCAUAUCCCUGAAGGUAGAAGGUAUAUCCUGUGUCUCAUUCUUCUGGAACAUUCCAUCUGCAGAUGAUCCUAUUCUAAUAGCUACUGAUACUUAGGGAGCAGGGAGAAAAGGCUCCAGAACUUCUUAAGAACUUAAAAAUGCUUCUAUUAAGACAACAAUUUAAAGUUGUUACAAGAAUUAAGUUUUCAGAUUGGAAAAGGAUCCCGAGAUGACUCUAGGUGCUAGACUUUUUGUUUGGAGAGGGGCCAGGGGACGGAGUGGUUGGCUUGAAAAUAAAGGGAAAUAGACUGUAAUUUUCUUAGGGAUACUUGGUUAAUAAAUGAUAAUAAUGAAAAUAAUACAUGGAUUCCACUCACAGAUCCUCAGCCCACACAGCAAGAUAAUUGUGUGCAGGUCAGCACUGCACCAGAGCAGAACACCUCUUUGAGGGGAAAAAGUAAAAUCCACCUCCCACUUGACCCCAGGCCCCUCUGGAUGCUGGCCCCUUUGCCAAAAGGGCAGCUCCAUUGGGUCCCCUUUGAUUGAUUGUAGGACAGGAAAUGAAACAUUAGGAGCGCCACUUGCAAAACAGUUCACUACUUAGGGACUUUAUUUUUUCUAAAUUGUUAUUUUGAGGAGCAAUAGUUUUCUAUGUUUUAAUGACAUUACUUGGCUAAUGGAGUUCACAGAGGUGUUGCAGAUAUCACUGUUAAUGAUCCUGUGUUUGGACUAUCCGCUCAAGCUUUCCCUAUUAUACUGCAGGUGUACCCUAAAACUGUUCCCAGUAUACUUGAACAGUUGCAUUUAUAAGGGGGGAAAUGUGGUUUAAUGGUGCCUGAUAUCUCAAAGUUUUUUGUACAUAACAUAUAUAUAUAUACAUAUAUAUAUAUAAAUAUAAAUAUAAUUAUAUCUCAGUGCAGCCAGUGAUUUAGAUUUACACUUUACUGUGGGGUUAUUUCUUGGUCUAGCGCAGUGUGGUCUGCCAUCCAGUGGGGAUUUUUCCAAAAGGUGUCCUACUUGAGCUUGGGCGGUGGUCCUGACAUGGUAGCCCCAAGAAGCACUGUGUUUCUGAGGGCCUGAAAGGUCUCACCCAUUGAUAUGCGUAUUGGUUUGAAGAUUUCCUUUCCCUCCCCCUACCCCCUUCUCUCUGACCUUCACUUUGUACACUUUGCGGAGAGGGCAUUACUUGUUCCACACAGACGUGGAGAUGAAGAAAUAUUCCAACUCAGAAACAUUGGCAGGCUCUCAGUUCAUUUUGCAGAGUGGAAACCAGUGCCUAUGAGACCUGUUGAGUCCCCGAGGAAAAUCCAGCCCACGACAGAUGGAGCUAGUUUAACAUUUUUUCGAACAUGGACACCUCUUUCCAAAAAGUGCCGUCAAGUGUGUCCUUAUCUCAGACACCAUGGCUUUCGUAUUUGGAAAGCUGCACCUCCCCUGCAACCCUCACCGGCUUGGUGGCCUUCGUGUCACCUCAGCAGCUGUGGCUCUUAAUUUAUUGCACAGGAUGUUCACUUCCCCUCGGUUGCAGUGAAUUGCAAGCAAAGAUCUUGAAAUUAAAAAGCACUAAUUCGUUUAAAAUGUCACUUUUUUGGUUUUUAUUAUACAAAAACCAUGAAGUAAUUUUUUUAUUUGCUAAACCAGAUUUUGUUUCUUUUUAGUGAUUCGUGUUUAUGAAGAGAGUUGAGUUUAACAAUCCUAGUUUUUAAAAGAAACUAUUUAAUGUAAAAUAUUCUACUUGUCAUUCAGAUAUUAUGUCUAUCUUCUAUGGCCUUUAUUCUGUACUUUUAAUGUACAUAUUUCUGUUCUUGUGUGAUUUGUAUAUUUCACUGGUUUAAAAAAAAAAAUCAAACAUUGAAAGGCUUAGGCCAAAUGGAAGAUAGAAUAUAAAAUAAAACAUUACUUGUAUAUUGGUAAGUGGUUUCAAUUGUCCUUUGGAUACUUCAUGUGGAGAUUUUUUUGAGAAACCAUGAGGGAUAGUUUAGGGGAACUACAUGUCAGAAUAAUAGAAGAGUGGAGAACUUUACCAAAACCAAACUAUUUGGAAGCUUCAAAAGAUUUCUAUAUGUAACGGAACAAAAGGGGAAUUCUCUUUUCCUCUAUAUGUUCCUCAAAACCAGAAAUCAAGCAGAUGGCUUAAAGCUGGUUAUAGGAUUGUUCACAUUCUUUUAGCAUUAUGCAUGUAACUUAAUUGUUUUAGAGCGUGUUGCUAUUGUAACAGCUCAGAGAGGAACCAAAAAGACCCAGGCUUUUAUCCAUGACCAGAAUUGUAAUCCAAAAAAGUAUAUUUGUGUUUAUCACGCAACUAUUGCACUUCUCUAGUUGAAGUUACUAAGGAUCGAGCAUAUCUAUGCCCCUUUGAAAGUACUUUUAUGAAAAGCAAGCCUCAGUCUGCAGAGAAUGAAAACUCUUUGGAAACUAAAGGUCCGUUGUGUUAAGUGCAAUUAAUACUAGUUCUUGUGCUUUCCGAAAGCGAACACCGAAAUCUGGCCAACCCUGUGCAGAUUGAUAUGUUAACCUUCUGCUUUUUUUCUUUCCGGAUAACCUUGUAACAUAUUGAAAUCUUUUAAGGAUGCCAAGAAUGCAUUAUUCCACAAAAAAACAGUAGACCAACAUAUAGAGUGUUUAAAAUAGCAUUUCUGGGCAAAUUCAAACGCUUGUGGUUCUAGGACUCACAUCUGUUUCAGUUUUUCCUCAGUUGUAUAUUGACCAGUGUUCUUUAUUGCAAAAACAUAUACUUGAUUUGGGAGUGUCAGCAUAUUUUUUUCCUUCUCAUCUGGAGUGCUUUCAAGAUCUUCCCAAUACAGGAAAAUUAACAAAAAAAUUAUAUAUAGGCAGCAGUAAACAGAGCUGUGUUCAAAAUAGUAAUUAUGGGCUCAAGUAAAAGGAAGACUGUUGUUAGUCCUGUUUAUCUGUUUAGUUCUUGGAGUUACUGACCCCCUGAGACCGGCAGCGUAUAGGUUUUAGUAGCCGACCCAAAGCCUUUUCUCGUGAUUUUGCCAAUACCAAUUUUCAAUUUGUUUUUGCACAACAUUACUCAAGCCACUUGGUUAUCAAAUAUGACAGUCUAGGAGGACAAGUACUCCCGUAAGAGACUGGUACUGCCCGAUUCCAAGAGAUCAUUAGCCAAAACAGUCCCCAGACACGGAGUGGUCCAUAACGGCAGUAGAGAGAUCGACAGAGAGGGUACUUGUAACUUGAAGCAUAUAUAUAAUGCAAAUAUGAACCAAGGCAUAGAUCUGAAAUACUGCAUUAUCACUGUAAACUAUACUUUAAAAAUAUUUAUUUUUUUUAAAGAAGUGUUUUUUUAGUCUCCCCUCUCUCUAUGGAAUGAUGAAAACCCGAUACCACAUUUUGAAAAUAAGACGAUGAAAUGGAUUUUAAUGCAGGUAAUGAUCAGCAAUGUAGGAAUUUAAAACUUAGUAAAGGAGUCUUAUAAUUUACCUCUUCAUAUAAACUACACUGAAAUCUGAUGAUUGGAUAUUUUAUUCUAGUGAAACAUCAUCUUGUUAGCCAACUUUAAAAAAUGGAUGUAGAAUGAUUAAAGAUUGGUAUGAUUUUUGAAACAAAUGUGUCACUUCUCAUCUAGAACAGUAAAAUGCUGUCUCAGUAUUUCAAAAGCAAAAAAAAGGAAUGAGGAAAAUCGCAUCUUAGACCAGUUUUAUAUGCAGUGUACAAUUUGCUGGGCUAGAAAUGAGAUAAAGAUUAUUUAUUUUUGUUCAUAUCUUGUACUUUUCUAUUAAAAUCAUUUUAUGAAAUCGGCGGAGUCGUGUGUGUUUAGCAGAGAUGUCCAUGGCGACUGAGGAUUGAUGGGAUGUGAGUAUGGAGCAUGAUUAUGGCUUAGGGCAUCCAGACAAAUAAGCAUUCACAUAUCAGGCAUGUAGGUGAUAAUCAAAUCUCAAGGAUUUAUUUUGUAUUUUAAUGCUCAUUUCUUUCGCUAGUAUUAACCUUUACAAUUCUUACUAGUUCUACUGCUAAUGAUGUAUAAAUUUGUGCUUGGAGAUAAUUACUCCACGUAAACAUUUAGCACAGCGAGAGAGGAUCAUGAUGAAAUUACAGGAAAAGAGAAGGAAGGUGGAAUGAUUUGAGGAGAGUAAUAAAAUAACGUUCUAGGUAGUCAGAUUGAAUUUCCUGGAAUAUCCUACUGACUGCAUAUUGCAGUGGCUCUAAGCCAGAUGUUUACCUCCAGGGUUCUCAGCCUCUGUACUAGUGACUUCGGAGAUAGGUAAUUUUUUUGUU